AUGGCAACAGGCAAAAUAGAGUGGCAUGAUAGUUCCUCCGACGAAAAUAUUGAUCAGAAAUACAGUCUGAACUCCUGUAACAUUCUGAACGAGCUGCGUAAAUCCGGUCAGUUAACUGACGCCGUGAUUGUUGUAGAACAUCACAAGUUCCCUAUUCAUAGGGCCAUAAUGAGCGCAUGCAGCCCUUACUUCCGGGCGCUGUUUACGAACGAGCUUUUCAACACAGACCGGAAGGAGGUGGUAAUUCCGGGCGUGUCGGCGGAAGCCAUGAAGAUCAUCAUCGACUACGCGUACACGCGACGCAUAGACGUUUGCCCUGAUAACGUGGAACUCUUGCUACCGGCCGCCGAUCAGUUUCACGUGAACGGCAUGGUGAAAGCGUGCUGCGAUUACCUGGCAGCGGAGAUGACUGCCGAGAACUGCAUCGGCAUCUACAAGUUCGCGAAGACGUAUUUUUGCCAUCAGCUGGAGCGCACGGCCGCGAGGUUCCUAAUGCAGAACUUCAUCACCAUCUCCAAGGACAGUAACGAGUUCCUGCAGCUUACCUGUGAAGAACUGGCUGAGGUUUUAUCCCGGGACGAGCUGAACGUUAAGAACGAAGAAAUCGUAUUUGACGCCGUCCUUCGCUGGAUUGACUACGACCCUGAGCGCCGGAAGUCCUCUAUCGCCAAACUCAUGCGCGCCAUUCGGCUCGGACUUCUUACCACACAGUACUUUGUUGAGAAGGUGAAGCCUCACCCCUAUGUGCGAGAAUCCGAAGGAUGCAAGCCCAUCGUGAUAGAAACCCUAAAGUUUCUUUACGACCUCGAUAUGGAUGAGGACAGAGCGGUGGACGUGUCUAACCCCCUAGCGCGCCCGCGGGUGCCACAUGAGCUCCUGUUUGUGGUUGGUGGCUGGAGCGGUGGCUCCCCCACGAACAUUGUCGAGACUUACGAUACCCGGGCGGACAGGUGGAUAGUUUGUGAAGCCAUGGAUCACGGUCCCCGUGCAUACCACGGCACGGUGUGCCUGGGCCACAAGAUUUACAUCAUCGGUGGGUUCGAUGGAAUGGACUACUUCAACUCUGUCCGCUGUUUCGAUCCCGUCCUCAAGGACUGGUCAGAAGUCGCUCCUAUGAACGCAAAGAGAUGUUACGUGAGCACGACGUCCAUGGAUGGGCUGAUCUACGCAAUGGGCGGAUACGACGGCCAUAACCGACAGAACACGGCUGAGCGGUUCCAACCAAGCAGCAACCAGUGGUCGCUUAUACAACCCAUGAACCAUCAGAGAAGCGACGCUAGUGCUACAACACUCAAUAAAAGGGUAUACAUAUGUGGCGGGUUUAACGGGCAAGAGUGUCUCCACAAUGCCGAGUAUUACGACCCCAACACGAACCAGUGGACCAUGAUUGCCCCCAUGAGAAACAGGCGGAGCGGGGUCGGCAUCAUCGCUUACAGAGACAGCAUCUUUGCUAUGGGCGGAUUUAACGGUAUUUCCCGCAUGAACACAGCCGAGCGAUACAACCCCCUUACCAACUCUUGGAACGCUCUCCCAGACAUGUUCAGCCCUAGGAGCAACUUUGCGAUAGAGGUCCUGGAUGACAUGAUAUUUGUGAUCGGCGGUUUUAACGGCAUGACGACCAUCUUCAACGUGGAGUGCUACGACGGAACAGUCGAUGAAUGGUACGACGCGAGUGAUAUGAACUUGUACAGAAGUGCCCUUAGCGCAUGCGUGAUCACGGGCCUGCCCAAUGUGCACGAGUACAUUAACGGUAACCGGGAGAGAGAAAGCGGGAGGCGGUCUCGUGCACAGACAUCGCACGAGUAA